CAAAAACAAACAAAGAGUCUCCAGCCUCAACAACAAUAAUCCGUUCUAAAGCUUGUCUCUUUCGCUCUUUCCCUUUCGAUCUCUCUCUUUCUCUCUGAAACAACUCCAUCUUCUUCGACUUAAGGCUUUUACAGGCCAAAUUGCAGUUUUUUUAAUUAAUCGAAUUAUUUCGGUUCGAGUUGACGAAUCGAGAGAAGAUAAAGAUAUUAAAUAUGAGAAAAGAGUGAUAAUUUUAUUUUAGAUUCUGGAAAUGGAGCAGCUUGUCAACUUCAUCAUUCGACCUCCAAGAGCUGAGUAUGACCCGGAACAUGAUCUCUUGGAAAAGGACUUCAUGAUGAAAGGCAGAUGGUAUCAAAGAAAAGAUUUAGAGGUGAUUAAAAACAGUAGGGGAGAUGUUCUCCAGUGUAGUCAUUACAUGCCAGUUGAACGCCCUGAAGGAAAACCUUUACCCUGCGUAAUAUAUUGCCAUGGUAACAGUGGAUGUAGAGCGGAUGGUAGUGAAGCCGCAAUUAUGUUGCUGCCUUCAAACAUCACAGUUUUCACUCUUGAUUUUUCGGGAUCUGGUCUCUCUGGCGGGGAACAUGUCACCUUAGGCUGGAACGAGAAGGAUGAUCUGAAGGCGGUGGUUGAGUUCUUGCGGCAGGAUGGAAAUAUAUCCCUGAUAGGGUUAUGGGGGCGUUCAAUGGGUGCUGUCACGAGCUUGAUGUAUGGAGCUGAGGAUCCUUCCAUUGCAGGAAUGAUUUUAGAUAGCCCUUUCUCCGAUUUGGUUGAUCUGAUGAUGGAACUUGUAGAUACAUAUAAGUUCCGUCUACCAAAGUUUACCGUGAAAUUUGCAAUACAGUUCAUGCGGAGAGCUAUUCAGAAAAAGGCAAAGUUCGAUAUAACGGAUCUGAAUACCAUUAAGGUAGCAAAGUCUAGUUUUGUUCCAGUUUUAUUUGGACAUGCCUUAGAUGAUGACUUUAUUCGCCCUCAUCAUUCAGAUCUUAUAUAUGAAGCCUACGUAGGUGACAAAAAUAUCAUCAAGUUUGAGGGAGAUCACAACUCUCCUCGGCCUCAGUUCUACUUUGAUUCGAUAAAUAUCUUUUUCCACAACGUCCUUCGUCCACCAGAGGUUACGGGGCCGACAUUUUAUGACUCGUUAGAUGAGUACUUAGCAAAGGGCAGUUGGGGCACUAUGCAUGACACAACUAUUCCACAAUCAUCAGUGCAGAAGAGUUUAGCCGGGAGUAGCAUCUCUGAGGCAAUCAAUGAAGUCCGCGUGAAAAGACCCAUGAGUCGCACAGAUGUUCCUUCGAAUGUCACAUCCAACGGUUCUCCAUCAGAAACAAAGGAAAAAGAGAAUCAUGAUGGCCGUGAAGACAGUUCAUCAUCUCCUGAUAUGAUAAGCUUUGAUUUGUCAAAUGGUGAUCAUGAUCAGUACCCUCCUCAGCUUGCGAUGGCUUUAGAUGAUGACCAAUAUCUGGAGUAUCACUUAGAGGACAUCCCAUCUAAUGCAGAGGAAGAAGAAAGGAUGCUUAUGAAAGCGGUGAUGGAGUCACUGAAGGACUUGGAAGUGCAAAGUCUUGAGAAAAAAGAAUCUCCCGAGAAGAGAGUUCUUGGCAGCAAUUCUUUUCAAACUGCACAAGAACCCCUUCUUUCUAGGAAAGAAUCAACUUCAACUCAAGCAAACCAGUCAGAGACUACUGAUUCUGCUUCGAGUCCAGCAACAGUCGGCGGGGAUGUAGCACCAUCAUCUUCCGAGUCCAAAGCUCCAAAUGGGACCUCGGAUUCUCUAACAGCACCCGUAGAUGCUUCUGUGCCUGGCUGCACGAGCCAGAAUGCAAGCGAGAACGGUGACAUGUCGGCAGAUACAAAGGCCACAGUGACAGUUGAACGUACUAGUAGCGCACCAGGCAAAGUCUUUGACGGGUUAAUACGUAAGUGGGAUCUCAACUUCUUCAAAAACAACAAAUGAUUCCAGUUAUUGAUAAAUUUGAUUUUGGCAAUUUGGUGAAGUCCAUGCAUAUAUGUCCAAAAACUAGUUUGUUUGUUUGUUUGUUUUCAGUGAUUUGUCAAUGUUAGGCUUAACAUUGUUUGGGUUUGGUUAUGAUUUGAUUCAAAUUGUUUGUGUUCUUGGGUAUUCAUUUUGUUCGUUCCAUGUACUUGUUUAAGUGUUCUUUAUCCUCUUACUCUUGUUACAAACAUUUGAUGAUGAUUCAAUU